UCUUUGCUGCCUGGUAAAACUGAAAAAGAGACUGUCUCCUGCCAUCUUGUUCAUUUCUGCUGCUAUCCUUGUCUGAGAAGUCUUUGUCAUAUGUAAGGUUUCUUUGUUGCAAUUUCUAAGGGAAGAAAAGGAUCUGUAUGUAGGAUGAGUAGGUUAUGCUGUGUUUACCGUGGUAAUGUGAAACUUGUGGGUUUUUUCCAGAGUGAAUAGUUGGUUACUUAAUCUUUUAAAGAACCAGUGAAAAAAUUCUAGAGUAUAACCAUGGACUAAUAUUUAUUUAUGUUCUACCAUGGUAGUCUAAUGCUGUAGCAUUAGGGGGUUGACAGAUGAAGUCUGAAUUUGUCUACUUGAACCAGUUUUGUUCUUCUCAAUCUGCAUUGUGAAGUCCACUUGAACUUUUAACACUUAAAGUGCUUUUGUGGCAGUUAACAUUUUUGUACAAAAGUGCUCUGUGAAUGUGAUGUGGCUUAGAUUUAUAGCAGUGCCGAGUGUGCUUGCUGCCUUAGUCAGCUGUGAGACCUCUCCCGCGGGGGCAGCUCUUUUCUGAUGGAAAAGGAGCAGCUGUGAAGGUGCUGUUUCAGGCUCUUGCUGGUAAUUAAAAAAAAAAAAAAACCACUCACAACUAACUUGCAGUGGAGAGGGGGAACCAGAUCAUGUGACUCCAACCAUCCUACCCUAUGUCACAGUGUGUAGGAGCGCUGAUUGCUCUUAUCCAAUCAUGCCUGGAAUGCUGCUUGCCACUUGGGCUAUUUCUGCUAUCUGUCGCUAUCAGUGCUGCAGUGCUAACAGUUUGGCAGAUGGGACACUUUUUCUUGGAGUUUGUCUUUGUUUUUUAACUUCUGGCAGUGCCUGAAUUGUUGCUGUUCUCCCUCUCUCCCUUUCUUCUCUUUGUUAAACCAUGGCCCAUCGGCUGCGGUUUCAUUUUGGCUCUGGACGAAGCAACACGGCCCCUGAAUCUGAGAUCCUAGACCGAGAGAGAGAAGAUGACUUUUUCAUGGCAUUCCACACUUUGCCAAGAAGAAACAGUCCUCAUCCUUUCUCCCGACAUGGAGCGGAUUAUGGUGGCGGUGAUUUGCAAGAAGUGGGCUCCUUAAAAAGAAGCACAUCGAUGUUUAUUCCUCAGCUGCUGAACAAUAUUGAGGUGCGUCCAACAAGGAGCUCAUCUAUGCAGAUUUCUCUUCAGCGCAAAGCUGUGAACGGCUGUGCUGAUGAGUGUGGAGCCCCAGAGUCUCCUGAGGAGACUCUUCCAUGUAAAUUCUCAGACUUCAGGGAGCAUUACACGUGCCCAGUUGACAGUCAUUCUUUUUCUCCAAGCAGUCCACAAGUAACCCCAGAGAAUUCUCCACCGAGGAUGCCUGAAGAGACUGGGCAACGGCUUAAUGGAGCUGUUUCUUGUAAUCACAGAAUAUUUUGUACAAUUCCUUCCAAUAACCAGAAUGAUGAUGUUGCAACGACUGCCGAAGAAGAUGAAGCAAGUGAAGCGGCUUCAGGGUUAAACAUAAGUGGUGUAAGAAUUCAGCAUCGCGCUUCAAGCGCAGAUAUGCAUCAGGUUAUGCUAUCGCCCUUUGGUUCCGAGGUUCAGGAUAACGCCCCUGCCUCUGAACCCAGACGCUGGUCUUUGCAGCAUCUGCCAGACACGUCAGCAAAUUCAGGGAAAAAGUUGUUUGUUUUCCAGUUGCAGCAAUCACAGGCAAGUGGUCCAGGUACAGGAAGCGACUAUAAUUUUGGUUUUACUGGCACAAAAGGGAAUAGAUUGGUCAGGUAUCCUCGCAUACGGCUGGAGAGGAGUACUUCCUACCCGGUCCAGCCGCGACCAGAACGAAUUAGCCUUGUAGAAGGCGGAGGGAAUUCAGAACUGCAUGGAAAUAGCAGAAAUGGGUCAGAAAUAUCUAGAAGCAAUUCGGUAGAGAGGAUUCCUCAAGGGCAGGGAUGCUUGUUUAAAAUCAGACCAGAUCAAAACACAAGGCAGCAACACUUCAGAAUUCUUGUAACCCGUGGUACUGAAGAACAAAAUCAAGUUCCUGAUGAAGACAUCCCUGAUACCUCUGGGCCUACAGUGACCAGUGCCACAACUAGAGACGACUUCCUGGGUCAAGUGGACGUGCCACUUAAUCAUCUACCGACAGAAGACCCAACCAUGGAACGGCCAUACACAUUUAAGGAUUUCCUUCUCAGACCAAGAAGCCACAAAUCUCGGGUAAAGGGUUUCUUAAGACUGAAAAUGGCCUAUAUGCCAAAAAAUGGAGGACAAGAGGAAGAAACUACUGAACAAAGGGAGGAAUCUGAGCGUGCAUGGGAGGUGGUUGACUCCAAUGACUCUGUAUCUCAUCAUCAAGAGGAGUUACCACCUCCUCCACUGCCUCCUGGAUGGGAAGAAAAAGUGGACAAUUUGGGACGUACUUACUAUGUCAACCAUAACAACAGGACAACUCAGUGGCACCGACCAAGUUUAAUUGACGUUGCAUCUGAUUCUGACAACAACAUCAGACAGAUAAACCAAGAGGCAGCCCAUAGACGGUUUCGUUCUCGGAGACACAUUAGUGAGGAUUUGGAGCCUGAGCCUUCGGAGAGUGGAGAUGCAUCUGAACCCUGGGAAACCAUUUCAGAGGAAGCGAGUCUAAGUGGAGAUUCCUUAAGCCUGUCACUGCCACCACCCCCGGCUUCUCCAGUCUCUCGGACCAGUCCUCAGGAGCUGUCUGAUGAAUUGAACAGAAGACUUCAGGUCACUCCUGAUUCCAAUGGGGAACAAUUUGGUUCUUUGAUUCAGAGAGAUCCUUCUUCAAGAUUGAGAUCUUGCAGUGUAACAGAUGCAGUUGCUGAACAGUCUCACUUAUCACUGCAGAGUGGUCCAUCUAGGAGAGCUCGUUCUUCAACUGUCACAGGUGGUGAAGAACCAACGCCAUCAGUGGCCUACGUACAUACUACACCAGGCUUACCUUCAGGCUGGGAAGAAAGAAAAGAUGCUAAGGGACGUACAUAUUAUGUCAAUCAUAACAAUCGAACCACAACUUGGACUCGGCCCAUUAUGCAGCUUGCAGAAGAUGGUGCAGUUGGGUCAGCAGCAAACAGUAACAACCAUCUAAGUGAGCCUCAGAUAAGGCGGCCUCGUAGCCUCAGCUCACCCACAGUAACUUUAUCUGCUCCACUUGAGUUUGCCAAGGACUCGCCUGUGCGCAGAGCUGUCAAGGACACCCUUUCCAAUCCACAGUCUCCACAGCCAUCACCCUAUAAUUCUCCUAAGCCCCAACACAAAGUGACACAGAGCUUCUUGCCACCUGGUUGGGAGAUGAGAAUAGCUCCAAAUGGCAGGCCCUUCUUCAUUGAUCAUAAUACUAAGACUACCACAUGGGAAGAUCCACGGCUGAAAUUUCCAGUGCAUUUGAGAUCAAAAGCUUCUUUGAACCCUAAUGAUUUGGGCCCUCUUCCUCCUGGUUGGGAGGAAAGAAUCCAUUUGGAUGGAAGAACAUUUUAUAUAGAUCAUAGAAGCCAGGUGUUGAUAUGUGGAGACAUUGAUACCAGAGACUUAGUGCCCUCAUACGAUAGUAAAAUUACUCAGUGGGAAGACCCCAGAUUGCAGAACCCUGCUAUUACUGGUCCUGCUGUUCCCUAUUCCAGAGAGUUCAAACAGAAAUACGAUUACUUCAGGAAGAAGUUAAAGAAACCAGCUGAUAUACCAAACAGAUUUGAGAUGAAACUACACAGAAACAAUAUUUUUGAGGAAUCCUAUAGAAGAAUCAUGUCUGUGAAGAGGUCUGAUGUACUAAAAGCCAGACUCUGGAUUGAAUUUGAGUCAGAAAAAGGACUUGACUAUGGAGGCGUGGCUAGAGAAUGGUUCUUCCUGUUGUCUAAGGAGAUGUUUAAUCCUUAUUAUGGUCUCUUUGAAUAUUCAGCAACGGACAACUAUACCCUUCAGAUUAAUCCCAAUUCAGGUCUUUGUAAUGAAGAUCAUCUGUCCUAUUUCACGUUUAUUGGACGAGUUGCUGGCCUGGCAGUGUUUCAUGGGAAGCUAUUAGAUGGCUUCUUCAUCAGGCCUUUUUAUAAGAUGAUGCUAGGGAAACAAAUAUCGCUGAAAGACAUGGAGUCAGUGGAUAGUGAAUAUUAUAACUCUUUGAAAUGGAUCCUGGAAAAUGACCCUACGGAGCUGGAUCUCAUGUUUUGCAUAGAUGAGGAAAACUUUGGACAGACGUAUCAAGUCGAUUUGAAGCCAAAUGGGUCAGAAAUCAUGGUAACAAAUGAAAACAAAAGGGAAUAUAUUGACUUAGUCAUCCAGUGGAGGUUUGUAAACAGAGUUCAGAAACAAAUGAACGCUUUCUUGGAGGGAUUCACAGAACUCCUUCCUAUAGACUUGAUUAAAAUUUUUGAUGAAAAUGAGUUGGAGUUAUUAAUGUGUGGCCUUGGCGAUGUUGAUGUUAACGACUGGAGACAACACACAAUCUACAAGAAUGGUUACUGCCCAAAUCAUCCUGUCAUCCAGUGGUACUGGAAGGCUGUCUUACUGAUGGACGCUGAAAAGCGUAUCCGGUUGUUGCAGUUUGUUACUGGGACAUCACGAGUGCCUAUGAAUGGAUUUGCUGAACUUUAUGGUUCAAAUGGUCCUCAGCUGUUUACAAUAGAGCAAUGGGGAAGUCCUGAAAAAUUGCCCAGAGCUCACACAUGCUUUAAUCGCCUUGACUUACCUCCUUAUGAAUCUUUUGAAGAUUUACGAGAGAAGCUUCUUAUGGCAGUUGAAAAUGCUCAAGGAUUUGAAGGAGUGGAUUAAAACAGCUACUUUUUUUUUCCAUCGAGCAAGUUCUGCUUGAACUGUUGAAUUUGCCUAAUGGACAUUAACAAGUGACAAUGGCAGAACAGUUGCACAAUGUUGGUUCAUGGAGCAAACUCUUCUACAGUGCAGUUGCCUAAAUUCAGAAAUUUGAACUACAACCUGUGGAUAACAUUUCUGAUAUUUCCACAGUAAAUCACCAACUGGUUGACAUGUACUCUAAUUACAUUUCAGCAGGACUUGUUCUAUUUAUGUUGUGCCUCUGUAGGCAAAGCCCUUAAUAAAUAUUUUACAUACUUUCUAAUGACAAUGAAUGGAAUUAAUCACUUUACAGGUAUAGUAUUACAACUCAUGUUUACUUUUUAAAUGAUUUAGACAUUUUCAGAUUUUAUUUCAUCACAAUUAAAAAUGUCAUCUACUUGGAAAAAUGAGCAUUUUUUCUUAUCUUAAUUUCAUACCAGACUUGAUGCCAGUGGCAUUUUUACUUUCAACAUGCAUUUUGAGCCUUGUCCCCCCAACCUAUUAGAAAAGCUGGAGUAACUGAUGUGAGAAAUUUUCUGCAGAUGGAAUAUAUUAAUGGCAAAUCUAAAAGCUUUUCAUUGAGCACAUUAAUAUUUUCUGUACCCAGAAGAAAAAGUACAGAUUGGAUGUUACAUUUUUGUAUAAAUCAAUAGAAUAGUUACAAGCUGAGAGAGGAUCAUAACAUAGCAUGCCAAAUCUCACGGUCAAUAAAGAAAUCACCUCAUUAUUUCUUGGUAAUAUUUAUGUGUACUAUAAAACAUUUUGGGAUAGGGUUGGCAUUAUCAUUAUAGGGAAAAAUGCUUAACCCUGUCAUUAACUUUGUACAGUGAUUCUUUUACUAUCCUUUCCUCUUUACUAUUUGCAAUGGAGGCAACCUGGCACUGCUUGAUUUGGAACUGUGGAAACCAGAUCUGUUUUGUUUCCUGUUUGUAUGCAUUUGCUAAUGAUACCUAAAGAACAAGAUUGGGUUUUUUUGUUUGUUUCCAACUGCACCAACUCUAAAGGCACUUUAUGUAACACAUGGAGGUCAUAUCUGUUUUUUAUCAUAAACAUUAAUGUGAUUAUAUUCCUUCUCACUGCACAUGUCUUUUGGGUGCAAUAUCUAUCAAUUGUGAAUUUGGCUGCUGCUGCUGUAUAAAAACCAGAUGUAGAGCUGGGCCUGCAGACAUGUUCUCACCAAUUGUUUUUGUGAUUUUUUUAUUCAAUCACAAAGAUUUAUUUAAUAUAUACAGUUAUCUAAUCAAUUUUGUUACCUAUGACAUGUUGCAUGCUUAAACUAUAAUGCCUGAGUUGUAUCUGUUGUGUGAUAGAUUAAAGGCAAAAGAGAAGACUUGCAUUUGAUCCACUGAAGUUAAAUGGUUAACAUAGUAGUAGGGUAGGUUUGAGGGUAUGCAUUCAACAAUUUGAUUAUGUUCGGCUUUGUGAGUUUUUGUCCAUCUACGUAACACACUUUGUUGUUUUGUCUAAGAACCCGACUAAUACUUAUUCACAAGCAAGAUGACAGAGUGCAAGAAUAUCUGAAACAAUUUCACCCCUUAUUGCCAAGAACUGAGCUUUUUUUUAUUUUAUUUUAUUUUAUUUUAUUUUAUUUGGCACAUGCAAUCCGCUACCAGCAAUGCAUUCGGCAGCAGUUGCAGGCAGGGAGUGUAAUAAGUAUUAACUCUAGCCAUGAGAGCUAAUUUAGCAAAACUCAUCAAAACUAAUAACAUUCAGCAAAUGCUAAUUUGUCAAACUUUGCCUGGCUUGGGAUGCAGCCUCAGUUUGCUCACAAAAGUUUGAAGAAUCAAUAGGUGCAUGAAGAAGUUUUGAACCUUCUCAUUUGAAUGUAGAUUAAGGUUAAUUCCCUUUCUAUAUUAAUUUUAUUUUCAGACAUUCCUUUUUUUCCAUCUGGUGAGCUGAAAAUCUAGACAUGAGAAUGAAGUGGGCUAGAUCUGAAUAGAUGUAAAACACUAUAUUGAUAGCCUCUUACGCGUUUAGAGAGUGGGAUCUGAUCUUUCUAAUGUGUAUCUACAUGCCAAACUUCUGUAGCUAGAACAUGGAAUUGCCUUUAAAAAUCUGUCAUACUCUAUGGUCAGUUUUUUUUUUUAAAAAAACAGUGUCUUAACUGGAAGAAUUUUUGUAUGUUUGGAGGCAACAUUUUGCUUCAGUGCCAUGUAACAGAACCUUAUUCCAAGGACUGCUAUGAAGUUUGCGCUAUAGACUUGAAAUAUAAACUAACGCUUGUGUAAUAAGGGAAAGUGUAGUUUAGAAUUUAGGCUGGGGGAAUUGGGAGUCAGGACUUGGGUUAAAUUCCCAACUCUGCCAUCACUCUCAUGGUGACUCCUUGGUUGAGUCAUUUAAAUUCUGUGCCUGUUUCCCCAUCUGCAAAAUGGGCUUCAGAUCUCUGUGUAAAGAUGAAAGGCUCUGUAUAACUGCACAAAAUGAAACAAUGGAGCAUAACUUUUUAAGACCAGGCUUUUAGAAAAUUAGGCUAACGUCUUUUCAGAUCCACUUACACAUAAACUAAGAAUAGAAACUCCAAAAGACUUCAGUAUACAUUACUAUAUUGAGGUAAAUUCCUGCCAAGGAGAAAAUUUGUAUUUUUAAUCACUGAAAGUACUCAGUGUUGGAAAAUAAGUACAAGAAAUGUUUCUCAACAAAUAUCCCUCAGCCCCUUAGCAUCCAGAAAACUUAAACCUUACUGUAGAAGUGAGUCUGUCCCUUUUUGUCAGGGUCUCUAAGGCUAGGUCUACACUACCCGCCUGAAUCGGCAGGUAGAAAUCGACCUCUCGGGGCAGUUCCUGAGCAGCACAAUCCUUGGCCUUGUCUACACUUCGAUUUUAGCCACCAGUGAAGUUGUUUUGAUGUAGCUGCCCUGGUGCAAACCUCUAGUGUAAAUGCACUGCACCAGUGCAAAGCAGAUGUUGCACUAAGGUAGCUUACCUUAGUGGCUAAAAACCCUACUGUAGAAAUCCCCUUGUGUCAGCCAAAAGGCUGUUACCACCUGUGGAAUCUGUUCUUUAAGCCCAGAGAAUUGUCUUCAGUUUUGCGAAUGACUUGUGUGAGGUCCAGGUACAUAGUGUGUGCUUCAGCAAAACAGCACCUAUAAGGGAGUUUGAUUCUAUUCUACAGAUUACUUUGUAACUAAGAACUGUAUAUGUUGAAGCUGUUUUUGCACUGACUAUUAGGAUAUAAAGUAGAUUUCUUGGAGUUUCUGUUCUAAUGCACUGAACCUCUUAGAAGUUCUUCCGGAAUUCCUGACACUGUAUUUGAAGGACUCUUUCUAGGGAAAGGUGGCUAAAUGUCUCUCUUAUUUAUUAAACCUUAAUUAAUGAGGAAAUUGCUCCAUUUGGACUUGUGCUCUAACUUGGUGCCUUUCUUUAAUAUUCAAAUACUGAAUCAUAAAACAGAUACUUUUGUAGAAUUUGUAUUUUUAAAAAGAUUCUAAAUGGCCAAAUUAUUGUGAUUUCUUGCUCACAUCAAGUCUUUUAUAUCUCUGGCUCUCUUGUGAGGCAGGUCAGUUACGUAUCAUAAUUCCAGCGUUUAUUCCUAGUUGAUGGAAACUCAUUAUGACUGGACCUAAUUUCUUCCUGAAAAUUUAUCUUCCUUUUGUCUUGCCACUGAAGUUAACCAAAAAAAAAAAAGGCGAAUUUGUUAUUUCACUCAAUUUUAUUUUUAAAUCUCUCAUCCUAGAGAAGACAUCCCUAUCUCUGAAUUUCUCAUGCAGGGAGGGCAAACUGCGUGCUCUCUUGUAAUAUUUUCUGACAAACCAGCAGAGGAUGCUGCUCUACAGACUAAUCAAGUAUCUCAUUUCCUCCCUCCCCCCACCCAAAAUCUCCACUACCCCAAAAGACAUCCACUACCUCUGUUAUGUGAUUAGCCUUUACUGACUGGGGAUCGAGACUGCAGAGUUCGGUAUCAUACUUGCAAAUCUCACUUCUGAGAUAUUGAAUCUGUUCUUAUACUUUUGAGUGAAACCCUGGCCUUGAUGAGGUCAAUAGGAAAACUCCUACUGACUUCAGUCGGGCCUGGAUUUUACCCUUUGUGUUCUGGAAUUUAUAACCGGGAGGAAUAAGUGACACGUUUGGACCACUUUCUCAAAUAUAUAUAAAUAAGUACAGUAUACCCAACUAUAUACAAAAUUGAAUUUUUAAUAGGUAAGAUGAAAAAGAAAAAACCCUUAUAAUUACCAGAGUGGACAUUUUACAAACAUGAGGGUGUUUUUAAUAGCAAAAGUCUUUUCUUUUGCUUGUAUGGAAUUUUGGAAAAAAACCUCUCUUCCGACAUCUGUUAGACGUUGCACGAAAAAGCGAUACAUGUUUGAAAUGCAUGGGAAAAUUGUUUUGCUAAAACUGGAAUCUAACCCAUAUUAAUGUUACAUAUCCCUCAGGUCUGUCAUACUGCACACAUAACAUUACAUUCAUAUCACGUGACCACCCCCACAAACCAUAUUUAAUCACAUGCCUCUCUAUUUCUAAGCCAUCUGGAUUUUCUUACGUUGCUCUUUCAUUUAUGUCAUGUUUUCCUCUUUCAGUUAACGUCCAUGUAGCUUUUGUUCUUUUUUACCACUAUAUAUAUACACAUAUAUAAACACAGUGUGUACUCACAUACAGUAGUACAUAUAUGUAAUGCAUUUUUAUACUUCUUUAAUCAAUUCUGUGUUCAGGAUUGGCUCCUAAAGAGGAUUGUGAGCAGUUUGUCUCCAAUGCAGCUUUAGCAGAGCCAUGCCAUAGUGAAUACGUUAUGAUUCUCAGAACCCAAAUAAAACCACUAGAAGGUGAUUUUGCUAUGCUCUGUGUUUGUGAACUUAUGACCUUUAUUCAAAUUUAAACCUGAAAUGACUACUUCCAAAGGUGAAAAAUAGUUUCAAACAUUCCAGAUGAAAUUCACGAUCUUUCGUAACUUUUUAUUGUAAAACGCCUCAGAAUGUGAGGCUAUUUAAAAUUAUACUAAAACUACAUUAAAAUUGAUUUAAAAAAAACAAACUGAAAACUACUACUUAUAAAUAAUGCUCAUUUUCACAAUCAAAAUAGCUUUAAAGUAUGGUUGGAUUUGAUAUACAGUGGAAAAUGUUUUUUGUUUUUGUUUAAGGACAAAAUCAUUUUUUCCAUUUAUUUUCUUAAGAGAAGUGAAGGAAAUUGUAGUUUGUUUUCCUGACAGCAAAAGAUCAAUGUGACAAAAUGAAGUUGUUGUAAUGAAAUGAUGCAACUUGUUAAAUAUUUAAUAAAGAAUUAUGGAAGCUGGAACAUUUUAUACUUCAAA